GGUGGGGUAGGGUUGGUAGGGUGCCAUUAGCAACCCUAUUCCUUUUGCAACACUAAGAUGCAGCUAGUGCUGGAGUGGAAACCCCCCAGUCUUUCCAAUGGCUUUGGAGUCGUGCUGGGGCACCCAGAGAGACAUUGUGAAUAUCUUUUAGCUUUUCAAAACAUGUGGAACACCAAGUUUGAGUGGCCUGCCCCCCAUGUUAAGUAUUAGGGGAAGCAGUGUUGGCUAGUGUAUAGAGCACUGGCCUGGAGCUCAGGAGAUGUGAGUUCUGUUCCUGACCCCGCCACUGGCUUACUGGGGGACCAUGAGAAUGUUGCUUAUUAUCAUUGCUCAGGUUUAGGCCAAUCAAGACAUGCCUCUGUUGUGCUAAGUGCUGUACAAAUACAAUAGCAGAUGAUCCUAGAUCUGGAUAUUUUGUUUUAUGGUCGUGCCUCAGUUUCCCAUCUGUAAAAUGGGGAUAAAUGAUGCUGACCUCCUUUGGAAAGUGCUUUAAGACCUAUGGGAGAAAAGAGCAAGGGAUUAUUUUAUUAUUGAUAGGGAAGGCAGAGGCAUGCCGAUAGGGUGAAAGUUGCCUUGCUACGACUGCAGGAUAAAUAUAGGGCCUUCAUGUCCAGGGCUGUCAGUGAGAGAGACAGCUCAGGUUUCUAAUAUCUCCAGCCUGCAAGCAGAGGUCUUCUUGAGGCAAGGCCCAAACACAGCUGAACACCCUGGAUUCACAUGUGGAUGGAGGCUUGUGGCUGACCUGUCCUGCUUCUGUGGUAUGACCCGAUGCCUCAAAUGUUCCUUUGGAUUGCAGCUUCUUUCUUGUGUCCCCUUAGGAAACCAGACAUCCCUGUUCCUUACCUGUACUUGGACAUGGGGGCAGCGGUGUUGUGCGCCAGUUUCAUGUCCUUUGGGGUGAAGCGCAGGUGGUUUGCACUGGGAGCAGCUCUCCAGCUGGCAGUCAGCACGUACGCCGCAUAUAUCGGGGCCUACGUGCACUAUGGUGACUGGUUAAAGGUGAGGAUGUACUCACGAACAAUAGCGAUCAUUGGCGGGUUCCUGAUCUUGGCGAGCGGGGCCGGGGAGAUCUAUCGUCAGAAGCCACGGAGCAGGUCCCUGCAGUCCACUGGGCAGGUCUUCCUUGGCAUCUACCUCAUCUGUGUGGCCUAUUCCCUCCAGCACAGCAAAGAGGAUCGCCUGGCCUACCUCAACCACAUCCUGGGAGGGGAGAUCACCCUGCAGCUCCUCUUCAUCCUCUAUGGGCUGCUGGCCCUGUCCUUCCUGUCCGGCUAUUACAUCAGCACAGCCGCCCAGAUCCUGUCGGUGAUCCUGCCCCUGGUCAUCCUGUUCAUUGAUGGGAACCUCGGCUACUGGCACCACUCCCGGCGCGUCGAGUUCUGGAACCAGAUGAAACUUGUUGGGCAGAACGUUGGUAUUUUCGGGGCUGUCAUCAUCUUGGCCACGGACGGUUGAGAGGGGACAA